AUGAAAGAGGAUCAUAAAAAAGAAGCCUUAAAAGCUACAAAUUUAUUCGAAUAUAAUUUCAACCUUCAGUACUUCUGGGUUCUAAACACGAGUCUCAAAGGGCCCCUCGCCUGCACCAUACUGACGUCUCCACCACCUCUGCCAGCUUCAUCACCGCACAACAUCACUCCGAGAAGAACCUCCAUCAUUCACCACUACAUUACUCCAGCUCAAAAUAUCACGAGCAGAACACACCAUAACGAACAUCGGCCCUGUGCCUCACCCACCUUGCCCUUGCCCCCAACCCUUGCCUUUACCCUUGCCCAUAACCCUUACCCUUGCCCCUGUCCUUACCCUUGGCCUCAACCCUUACCCUUGGCCUCAAUCCUUACCCUUACCCCCAACCCUUACCCUUGGCCCACAAUCCUUACCCUUGGCCUCAACCCUUACCCUUGGCCCACAAUCCUUACCCUUGGCCUCAACCCUUACCCUUGGCCCCAACCCUUACCCUUGCCCACAACCCUUACCCUUGCCCCCAUCCCUAGCCCCGGCCCACGAUGA